AUGAUAGAUAAACCAAUAUUACCGUCUGUGGAGUCGAUCGGUGCACUCACAAUCCAUGAUGUGUCGAAAACAGGGUUUGGGUAUAAUCCCUCCAUUGGGCCCAACUCCAAUGCCAUCACCGCAGAAACAAGCUCGAUCUUGCUCAACAAGCGUGUGGUGAACUUGACGCCCACGCUGCAUCAGUCCAUCUACGACCGCAACGUCAACAAUAAGAAAAUUAGUGAAAUCAGUCUUCUGACGCUCGGCUUCUUAUUUUGCGAGAUCGUCAGCUGGGCACAUGGCAAAUCCAAGGACGUUCUGGACCUCGAAAGCAGGCUCAAUGGCUUGGGUUACCAGAUCGGGCAGCGCUACCUUGAACUCAUUAAGCUGCGCGAGGGCAUCAAAUACAGCAAGAGAGAAAUCCGAAUCAUUGAAAUUCUCCAGUUCAUCCACGGCCCGUUUUGGAAGGCUGUUUUCGGAAAACCGGCGAACGAGUUGGAGAAGUCCCAGGACGUGCACGACGAGUACAUGAUAAUCGACAAUAUGCCACCCGUUUCAAAAUUCAUUAGCAUUCCCAAGGAAUAUGGCGAUUUGAACUGCUCCGCGUUUGUCGCUGGAAUCAUCGAGGGUGCUUUGGACAGUUCUGGGUUUCACUGCACUGUAGUGGCACACUCCGCUCCUGCUGAAGAAACGCCUUUGAGGACAGUAUUUUUGGUGAAAUUUGAUGAAUCUUUGUUCACCAGGGAAGAGAUUCGCUUCAACUAG